CCAGCGUCGGUUAAUUAACAGACGCUGAAACAAAAUAAUAGAUAGCAUUUCCACAGCUUGUUUAUAGUUUCUGGUCGAACAAAGAUCAUCGCUGGAAUGUCGUUAAACAUAUAUGCUAAGCUUUGUAUUCUUGACAACAACUGCAGCUUGGGCCUUUGUUAGGCUUGGUUUCUAGGGACACCGUUGCUAUAGACAGCGUACUACAUAACGCUGACCAAGGUCAGGCGAUUUCCUCCAAUCACGAUCACGCACUUGCAACGAAACCUUUUGAAUCAGCCAAUCAAAUGAAAGACCGAUUACCCACCGGAAGAAAGGGGUUUCGAGACUCUGGGAUGACAAGAAAGCUGAAGUAGUUCGCAACUAUUUUAGUAUACAUUUUACCCGUAUCAACGUUUGAAUGUUUGUAUUUUCGCAUGAGAAAAUCAACAAGAACAAGCUCUUCUUCCCCACCUCUGCACGUGCAUGUGAACGAGACUACUACGCCUGUGCACGUGCAUGUGAAGAAGAGCACAAAAUGCAGCCCUACCAAGACAGCCCAGGUUAAAACAACAAGUAGCUUGCAUCCUACUGCUAAGGUGAAGACGAGGGUCCCAUGGAUCCCACCUGGCAAGGUCUCAACACGAGAGACCUCAUAUAAUUGGGAGGGGCCAUCUCAUCGUCUGGAGAUAACACCUCCACAGGAACCAGAAUGUUCCCAGUCUCCUCUCCGAAUAGAAGAUCUCUCCACGGAUGAAGAAGAGGCACUGCAUGGACGCAUCAAUCAGUACGAGAGGAAAAUCGACAGCCUUAUGACAGAGGUCAGCUCUCUGAAAAAUGAGGUAGAGCUUCGUAAGAAGGAGCAGCUGCUAGAGCGUCAGUCGGAGAGAUUGAGCGCAACACAGCGCGUCAUCGCUGAGCAGGAGGAGGAGCUUGCAGAGGUCGCCCGGGAACUGGAGGCCACAGAGCAGGAGAACUCCCGCCUACGGGAGUCCAUGGAAAAAAUGCUGGAGGGGAAUGAUUUUAGGAGAUUAGAGAGGGACAGUUUGCAGCCAGACAAAGAUGUUCUACUCAGGAAACUGCUGGAAGCAGAGAUGGACAGCAGUGCAGCCGCCAAGCAGGUGUCGGCCCUGCGUGAAACGGUCAGCCAUAUGUCCAGGAGCCCGAGUGAGAAAAAGAUGUCAGGAUCAGAUUCAACGCUCUUGACCCGACAGAAAGAGCUCUUGCUGCAGAAGCUGGAGACUUUUGAGAGCACUAACAGAGCCCUCAGACAUCUUCUGAGAGAACAGCAUAAUCGAGAGAUGGAAUCACUAAGACUCUUAGAGCAGAAAGACGUGCUUCUGAAAAAACUUUCUGAUGUGGAAGCAGAAAAUUCGCAUAUUCUUGUAAAGCUUCAGGACAAAGACAAAGAGAUUAACCAGCUCACUUCCUUGUUAGAAAGUGAAAAGGACAGUGCAAAGACCACCACUGAACUGUCCAAAGUCUUGGAGUCCACUCGAGCACAUCUGCAGGGUCAACUACGCAAUAAAGAAGCAGAAAAUAACCGUCUCAAUGUUCAGAUCAGGAAUCUGGAGCGAUCCAUCAGCCAGCAGCAGGGGGAGGUAGAACACCUGCAGAAUCAGUUGCGUGACCUCAGACAGCAGGCGGAGGCUGAUAAGGAGGCCCUGAAAAAAGCCACACGGGCACAGAAACAGCGGACACAGCGCAGUGAAGACACUGUGGGACAGCUCAGUGCCCAGCUCUUGGAGAUAGCUUACUAUGUACAGAAGCUAGAGGAGGCUAACUCCCAAAAUCGAGACCUCAUCCAGGUAAUUUCAAAACGUGAAGAAACAAUUCAUAGCAACCAGGUGCGUCUGGAAGAAAAGUCUCGAGAGUGCAGUAUUCUGACUCGACAGCUGGAGGAGGCCCUGGGCGAUGCUCGUCGACAGGUUACCCAGACCAGGGAGCGAGCAGCCUCUAAAGAGCGUGUUACACAGUCCAAAAUUGUUGACCUAGAAACUCAACUAAGCAGAACAACAACUGAGCUCAACCAGUUACGACGAGCCAAAGAGGAGGCUGAGCGGAGGUAUCAGAGCCGUUUACAAGACGUCAAGGACAGAUUGGAGCAGUCCGACAGCACAAACCGCAGCCUCCAGAACUAUGUCCAGUUCCUCAAAUCUUCUUACGUCAAUGUGUUUGGAGAUCCUGCUCUCACUGGAUCCUCGUUCCACACGCCUUCACCAAUCUGAAAACUCUUUCAGGUGUCUUUUUAGACUUCCUUUACAUGGACUGGCAUGUAUUUGUCUAAUUGUCACUACUGAUGACCUCUUGACUUUGCUGUGCAUUGCACUUUACUCUUGAAGGAUUUUUUAUUUAACAUGCUACUGGUGAGUACCAAGAAAGAUCUCUUUUUAGUAUUUCAUAUCCAUCCUAGAAUGAGAAUUCUGGUCUUAUAGACAAAUUCUUGUGUCAUUUUGCCCUGUCUCAAGGUGGCCGUUAUGCAAUAAAGAGAGUUCAAGAUAUUAUUAUCUUCUUGCAAAACUUUUCUUCUUUAAUUUACAUAUCUAAAAUGAAGGUUGUACUGCGCGUACAAUAAUUUGGAUAUUGUCUUUUUUGAGCUUUUGCUUGUAUCUGGUUUUAAAACACACACUU